AUGGCAGCUGCCAAUCACACAAGCUUCAGAAUAGUCAAAUGCAUUCUGGUUGGUGUUGAAGGCCUGGAGGAUGCGCACAUCUGGCUCUCUAUCCCCUUCUGCUCCAUGUACAUCAUUGCCGUUGUGGGCAACGGCCUCCUCCUCUUCAUCAUUGUCAAGGAGCGCAGCCUUCACCAGCCCAUGUUCCUCUUGCUUGCUGUGCUGGCCGGUAUGGAUCUGGUGUUCUGCACCACCACCAUGCCCAAGACCCUCAGCAUCUUCUGGUUCGAUGCCAAGGAGAUCGCCUUUGAGGCCUGCGUCACCCAGAUGUUUCUCAUCCACUACAUUUUUGUUGCUGAGUCGGCCAUCUUGCUAGCUAUGGCAUACGACCGGUAUGUCGCCAUCUGCAACCCGUUGCAAUACAACACUGUGCUGACACCCACACGGAUAGCAAAGUUUGUCGUGGCAGCAGCUGUUCGAGCCUUUUGCCUCAUGGUUUCUCUGCUCAUCCUCCUGCUGAGGCUGCCCUUCUGUGGCCCCAACGUCCUUUCCCACACGUUCUGUGAGCACAUAGGAAUCGCCCGGCUGGCCUGCGCAGACAUCUCCGUCGACAACUGGUACGGCCUCACUGUGGCUUUUUUAACCACAGGAACAGAUACCGUUUUAAUUGCCGUUUCCUAUGUUUUGAUCCUCCGGGCCGUCUUUCGGCUCCCGUCCAAAGAUGCCCGGGCCAAAGCUCUCGGCACCUGCGGCUCUCACGUAAUUGUCAUCUUGAUGUUUUAUAUCCCCACCUUUUUCUCAUUCUUUGUCUACAGGUUUUUUGUGAAUAGCAUGCCUCGUGCCGUUCACAUCCUGCUGGCUAACAUCUAUGCCAUCGUGCCCCCCAUGUUAAACCCCAUCAUCUAUGGGGUGAAAACCAAGCAGAUCCGGGAGCGCAUGGCACUGGUGUUUUUGCAGGCUCGGAAACAGCGCUGA